AUGGAGGUUGGUGGAGGGGACGAGGCUGAGAGAUUAUGCGAUAAACUUUUCAACUUGUGUUUCCCGUCCUCUCGUGUUUCCCCUCCAGCUCCCGUCAAUGGUCAACCAGUCGUUGGAGCACCUUACUUGCUGCCUCGCCCGUUGGCCAUUCAGUCAGGCAAACAAGAUGAAAUAAAAGUGGCUCAGAGGGGUUGCCAUUUGCCUGGCACACCUGGUUGA